AGCCGCAGCUGCCGAGCGUGGAAGUGCUACCGCCGGAACAGUGCUUCCAUGUACGACAGGCGACGGGCCGACCGCCAGCUCAAGAUCCGGCUACUCCAGGCUGAAGUGGUGGAGACUCCUGUAUGGGUGCACCUCGUGGAGCCAAACAGCGGAGCACUACACGAAGCUCAAUGGGACCCACCGCCAGUUACUUCCACGCUGCAUCGGCUGGAGCAAGCGGCAACGCUCAGACAGCCCCCCUGUCCUAUGCCCAGGCCCUCAUCCAGGCCGGCUGCGAGGAAACCAUCGAGGCCACCGUGCGCAAACGGAGACUGUGUUUCGCGGGCUUUGUUAUGCGCAUGGAGGACAACCGCCUCCCCAAGCGCAUGCUGUUAGGAGCGAUGGCGGGGGGCUUGGGAUUCUGGGG